AUGGACUGGUACGAGCGGCGGAAGAACCUGCUGCUGGGGGCGACUUUGCCAACGCAGAACUUUGCACUGGUCUUUGUGCUCCCGUCACGCUUGUGGGAGUCAUGGGCUGCCGCGAUUAAAGUCGCCCUCCUGCUGGUGGCGGCGUUCUGGCUGCCCACGCGCUGGCUUUGCCUCUCCUUCGCCUGUUGCCGCUUGCAGAAAGAGGAGCCAAGCGGGGCAAUCUACGCCAUCUUCUGGGACGGGCUUGCAAUCGGCCGCCUAAUGCGCUUGGGACCCGGAGAGAAUCGGGUCAUAUUCCUCGCCUCCUUGAAGGCAAGCAGCAAGAAAGCCUGCGUGAUGCCCUUUUCGGGUAGCCUCUGCAGCCAUUUCAGCUCUCCCCCGCCUUGCACCCCUCCUUCCCCUCGGCACAUCGCAAAGAUGGCCCAGAAGUCCAUGUUCACGCGCUUCGUGCAGCCGGGCCGCCUUGCGCUCAUCACCUUCGGCCCUUGCGCCGGCAAGAUGUGCACCAUUGUGGACAUCGUGGACCAGAAAAGAGUGGUUGUGGAUGGCCCAGAGAGCCUCACGGGUGUCCGCCGACACAUGAUGCCGGUGAAGAGACUGAGCUUGACGGACUUCCGCAUGGUGCUUGAUCGCGGUGUGAAGGAGAAGACCUUGAAGAAGGCACUGGAGAAGGGUGAGGUUCUGAAGAAGUGGUCCGAGACCGCCUGGGCCAAGAAGAUGAAGGCGAAGGAGGCCCGCGCCAACAUGACGGACUUCGAGCGCUUCAAGGUUGCGAAGGCGCGCACUGCCCGCUCCAAGGCAGUGAAGAAGGCGGUGGACUGGCCCGGUGUUUGCUCUGAAGAAGUAGGCAGCGGCGACUUUGACUGCAAGGUCUCAACAGUGCGAAGAACGGGCUUGAGUGGUGGCAGAGUGCAGGAGGAGCCAGAGGCAACAGUUAAGCUCGUUUCGACCUGCAUUCCGGCAAAGAUGGCCCAGAAGUCUAUGUUCACCCGCUUCGUGCAGCCGGGCCGCCUUGCGCUCAUCACCUUCGGCCCGUGCGCCGGGAAGAUGUGCACCAUCGUGGACAUCGUGGAUCAGAAGCGAGUCGUCGUCGAUGGCCCUGAGAGCCUCACCGGAGUCCGCCGCCACAUGAUGCCCGUGAAGAGGCUGAGCCUUACGGACUUCCGCAUGGUCCUGGACCGUGGAGUGAAGGAGAAGACCUUGAAGAAGGCUCUCGAGAAGGGCGAAGUCCUGAAGAAGUGGUCCGAGACAGCCUGGGCGAAGAAGAUGAAGGCCAAGGAGGCCCGCGCCAACAUGACGGACUUCGAGCGCUUCAAGGUCGCGAAGGCUCGCACGGCCCGAUCCAAGGCCGUCAAGAAGGCCUUGAAGAAGUAA